AUGGAUGCGGCUUUGCAUGGAGGAGAAAGUAGUAAUCAACAGGGUGUCUCAAGUGACCGGAGAGUUUAUCAGAAGGCUGCGCUUCUUGUCCAUAUUGCUGAAGAUGGAAAUGGUUUACCAGAGGAAAUCCUCGAGUUACCAAACUCUGAAACUGCAAAGUUGUAUUGCAUAUUCAUCCGCUUUAACAUUAUACGGAAACUUAAUUGUUUUGCACUCAUAACUUUGAAUUUCUUUGAGAAACCAUUAUGGUGUAGCAGUGUUUCCAAAAUCUCUUGUGGUAACAGAGACUACUAUUAUCUUGGGGAGCUUCCAUACUUGACUAAUGCAGGAUCUUUGGCAUAUAAGGGUGUGACCCUGACAAUUCUUGUGGUGCAUACUCUGUUUCCUAUUUUAUAUAAAGGAGGUCAGCUCUAUUGGAGAAGCCAUGUUAAUAAGCUGAAGGCAAUUGCACUGUUAAUUCUGGCUGCUGAUUUAAUAGUUGAUAUCCUCAAUCUCUCUCCAGUGGCCAUAUAUUCUUUUCCAUUGAGGAUUGCACCUUUUUUUAGGGUUGUUUUCUUUAUCUUGAGCAUCAGGGAUUUACAAGACAGCCUCAUCAUAUUGGCUGGAAUGCUUGGCACAUAUCUCAAUGUUAUGAUUUUGUCACUUUUGUUUCUUCUGAUCUCCAGUUGGUUAGCUCAAGUCAUCUUUGAAGACACUCAACAGGGAACUACAAUCUUUGUUUCUUACCGAGCUACAUUGUAUCAAAUGUUCCUUCUAUUUUCCACAUCCAACAAUCCAGAUGUUUGGAUUCCAGCCUACAAAUCAUCAAGAUGGUCUUCCCUUUUUUUUUGUUCUUUAUGUCCUUCUGGGUGCUUACUUUUUCACAAACUUGAUUCUUGCUGUUGUCUAGCUAAACAAGUUGGUAAGAAGGACCGAAUGAAGACAAGAAUAUUGGGUAGAGCCUUUAAUCUCAUUGAUGAAAAUGCUGUUGGCACUCUUGAUAAGAAUCAAUGUUUCCAAUUGUUUGAAGAACUUAAUAAAUAUAGGACACUGGCAAAAAUAUCAAAACAAGACUUUGAGUUGAUAUUUGAUGCACUGGAUGACAGCCAUGAUUCUAAGAUUGAUGCAUCGGAAUUCAAUGAUCUUUGCAAUGCAAUUGAUAUAAAGUUUCAAGAGGAAAAGUUCCCCUUCUAUAAUUCUUCCUUCUCUGAAAUACUGAGAGACUGUGUAAGAAGUAAAAUGUUUGAACGUGUAGUUGUUUUCCUUCUCCUCUUGAAUCUGGCUUCUAUUAUUAUCGAAAGGAUGCUUGAUACAAAAAACAACUCUGGUCAGAAGUUCAUGCAGAAGGUGGAGUUGGUGUUUGGUUGGAUAUAUGUAAUCGAGAUGGCUUUGAAAGUUUAUGCAUAUGGAUUUGAAAACUACUGGAGAAAUAGUCAAAAUCGAUUUGACUUCAUUGUCACGUGGUUCAUAGUUAUUGGAGAAACAAUAACAUUCAUAUCUCCAAAGGAGCUAGAGUUCACUUCAAAUGGGGAGUGGAUUCGCUAUCUUCUAAUUGCAAGGAUGAUAAGACCGAUUAGGCUCAUAACACGUGUUCAUAGUUUUCAUGCCUUUGGUAGUGUAUUUUUAACAGUGAUCCCAAGUUUGAUGCCAUACCUGGGCACCAUCUUUUGUGUUAUGUGCAUUUACUGUUCCAUGGGUAUACAGAUCUUUGGUGGGAAAGUCAAUGCUGGGAACCCAGAUGUACCAAGUACAGAUCUUGCUGAUAACGAUUACUUGUUAUUUAAUUUUAAUGACUACCCAAAUGGCAUGGUGACCCUUUUCAAUUUGCUUGUGAUGGGAAACUGGCAAGUUUGGAUGCAGGAUUAUGGGAUGUUGACAGGAAGUAGUUGGACCUAUGUGUACUUCAUCAGCUUUUAUCUAAUAACAGUUCUACUCAUCCUCAACUUGAUCGUGGCAUUUGUGUUGGAGGCAUUCUUUGCUGAGAUAGACCUGGAAGGUUCUGAGCAAGAAGAAGAAGAAGAACAUCGGGAGGAAACUGGAGGGAGGAGACGCUGUGCCAUAGGCACAAAAACACGCAAUCGUAGGACUGAUAUUCUACUUCACCAAAUGCUGAGUGCAGAGCUGCAUGAAAUACAGAGACGUUCUGAACCUUAA